AUGGCGGAGGGUACGGAUCAAGCUGAGCAAUUACCUCCACAAGAAGGCCUUGUGGAGGAGAAAGGAGAGGAAAAGUCAGAGCAUCUUGAACUCCAACCUGAACAGGAGACCAUGCGAUGUGUUGUGCUCACUGGAUACGGUGGUUACAACAAGCUCGAAGUGCAGAAAUACGCAAAACCUAAGCCGAUGAAAGGACAAGUUGUUGUUCGCGUUCAUGCAUGGCAAGUGUAUUGUUUGUCAUUUUUUACCAUCAUUUCCCCUCUUUUGUUGUGGACAACCAUAUUAAAACAUAUUCUGUUAUAUUUCAUUGGGAAUUCAUACUAUAAUAGUAACCAACGAAGCAAGAAAUUAUUUAAGAGUUAUGAAGACUUGAUAGUAGUGGGAGGGGCGGUAAAUCAUGAUGCUAAAAAUGUUCUCAUGUUUUACCAAUGAAAGUAAUGUUUACAGGAGUGAAAGCAUGUGGAAGAAUUGUUCCAAACCAAUUUCAUUUUGCCGUAGCUCUUAUUCUAUAUUUAAAAGUUCCGUUUGUGUUUCUGUAAUAAUAUUAUUCAUGCUGCUUGCAGUUCGUGACACAUUUGAAAUUUAAGGAGGAAAUUCUCUACGAUUUCAAUCAUUUGACGACGUCAAGUGAUGCUUGUUACGCAAAGUUUAUUUUCAAAUGUAUUACUAUGAUUUUGUGUCGAUCAAAUUACAGUUUUGCUUUUUGAACUUGGAUUGGCAAACUGACAAUGUGUUGGUCAAUAAUCAAUAUUGAAUUGUUUAAUUUUGAAAUUUGACCUAUAUAAUUAAUCAGUUUGGUCUAACUUGUUGUGAACUCUUUGCAAAAUGAAUUAUGGAAUUGGGAGCAAUAGGGGUAUGAAUUUCUGGGUGAAGUCCAAACUUGCAAUCCCAAUAAAGUACUUUGGUGGACUUUCAGAUGAAUACCAAGAAGUCUCCAGAGAUUCCAAGAAAAACUUCUAUUUCGUAGAAAAUCCUCUUCUAAAAUGAUUAAGCUACAAAUCACUCAAUCUUCAUAAUUGUUGGGCCUAGAUUAAUCAGGUGCUUUUUAAACCCACAUCAGCCUUUGUGUUAAAACUCUUUAUUGUGAAGUUAAAUGUAUUGCAAUGAAAUAUGGACAAUUUUUUUUGCCUCUUGGAAAGCAGGGACAAAAUUUGCAGUUGAUCUGUAACCAACAAACUUCUAAAUCAGGAAAACUUAUAACCUACUUUUUUCAGCCCAGUUUUCUUAUCUUUAUUGAUUUUCUGUAAAAGGAGUGCCUUAUCACAGAAAAUGUGAUGGUGUAUUUUAUCUCUGAUGCAGUGGCCUAAAUUUUGCGGACAUUAUGCAGCGCCAAGGAAUGUAUCCUAGCCCUAAAAAACCUCCAUUUGUUCCUGGUUUGGAAUGCGCUGGAAUUGUGGAGGAACUUGGAGAAGAGGUGACUGACGUAGAGGUGAGAUCUCAGUUUCAAACUCACUAAGGCCUAAUUGUGAUUAUUUUCAGGGUAAAAGGAGUUUUUUCAUUUCUAACCUCAACUCAGGAAGGUACUAAAUAUCUGUUUACCUGCUUGACUGGCUGCUUUAUUAGGAUUCUUUGGUAUCGAUGAUUGCCUGUGUUCCUAUAUUAAUGAUUCUGUUGUAAUUUCAAAAACUAAAACUGAACCACAAUUAAUCCCUUACCUAAUGCCUAAGCUCGAGGACCAGGGUUUUCUGUCAAGGUUUUGUUUCCUUAGCCAUAGGUUCUAAUUAUUUAAGAUUUUUAGACAAAAGCCUUUCCCUACCAUCACUCAGCUGUUAAAAGCCCUACCCAAGGGCCAAACAACACAUGACUCCGUUGCAAAGCCCAUAUUGGGCAGAGAAAGGCAUUUUUCAACAUUUAUGAGAAUGACAUUGAUGACAUUUCUUUCGACCCCAUUUCCCAAUGUUCCAAAAAGCAUAGUUUUUUUUAUAUUAAAGUACAUUUUUCUUGCUUGUUCAACAGGUUGGGUCCCGUGUGGUAUGCAUAACAGGAGAUAGUGCCUGGUCAGAAUAUGCCUGUGUCCCAGGGGGUUCAUGUUUUGUUCUCCCAGAUAGUAUGAGUUUUGAAGAUGCAGCAGCAAUCCCUGUCACAUACCUGACCGCUUAUUUUAUGCUUUUCCUCUGUGCAAGCUUGGGUCAAAGGAAAAGUGUUCUGAUUCAUAUGGCAGCCGGAGGUGUGGUAAGGAUGGGUCCUGGUAUUAAAGGGGAGGAUAUAUAUGAUAAGAGACCUGUUAUGUUUACAAUCAUUAAUGAGCCUCAGAUGGUUUUCAAAUUGCGUUGGAGUAUGUUGUGGAUUAACAAGAAGAAUUUAACUGCUGUUCUAGUGCCUCUGUGGUGAAAAAUGUAUCAAUGAGUACUUGUAAGUAACCUAUGGCCUGCACCAGCCUGGCAGUAAGUGAAGACAAUAAAAAGGGUUGGCACCAAAAAAAUUUUAAUCUUGGUUAGGAAUGAUUAGUGAAAGAGCUUUUGAGCACAGUCCUUCAUUCUUCUUUACCAACCGCCAUUAUGUCCAGUGAUCGGUUAAUUUCUAUGGUUUACAGUGACAAUUGCUUUUUUCCUCAAUUGGUGGGCUUCUUGUGGCUGACAACUUACAGAACAUGUGUUGCAUCUUCCAAGGACUGAAGCUUUAUUAUUUAUUAAUUUUUUAUCGCUGUCAUUGCAUCAAAGAAAUUGUGUUAUAUCUUAGGGUGUUGCAGCAACACAGCUUUGUAAAACUGUUGAAGGCAUCACAACAUUUGGUACAGCCUCGGCUUCUAAGGUACUCUAACUCAAAAUUUUUAGCUCUGUUUGUGGCUGAACCUGGAAGAUGUUUUGGAUCAUAAUGGUCUUUCUAUCUCACUGAUGUUAAAGUGCCAGUGAGAAUUUAGAAUUUGUCAGAUCUUACAUGGUGGAUUCCUCCAUUGUCUUGUAUUCUGUCCCUGGAGUUCGGCAUUAAGCAACAUUUCCCAUUGAUUAGCCCAAACAAAGGCCAUAUUUCUUAAUUUAUUUAUCUGGAGUGACUAGACCUAUUACUUUUUGCUUUCGAUAGUUUUGUCAACUAAUGCAGAUAUACAGACUGAAAUAAGCACAUCUUGAGAGGAAGAAAAAGAUAAAUAGAAUAAGAAUUUCUAAUUUCCUUAAGGAAAAAAGCAUAACAUACAUUUUCAUAGAUAGCAUGUUUAUUUACGUCAAUUUGGACAAGAGCCUUGACGGGACUAGAACAAUCUCCCUUCUUCAUCCUCUAAAGUAGAGCCAUUAUAAAUUUUGUGUAUAUGUAUCUCUCCGGAGGAUGAAUAAAGGGGUAAGUUUCUAAAGAAAAUGUGGUGCUGUUUCAAUGGGAGAGUAUAACAGAGUAAUUUAGUGUUAUCAAAUGAGUUGAAAAUGUAAAUUGGCCACUGUAAAGAGUUUAAAGGGUUACAUUUCAAGUGUUAGCCCCUUGUUGGAGUGAUUGAUGACAUUUUGGGAGAAUGAGCUUUCUCCUUGUUAAAAUUCAUCACUGAGGUUUCUCACACCAACACCCAAGGUUGCAAUCAUUUUGGUUACUAGAGUGAUUAAAACCUUUUUUGGUGUCUAAAUUUGCAACAUAGGUCACCAAUUUGGUGACCGUAUGGCCACAUAGAGUAAGUUGUUAUAUUUUCAUGUGAUUGCAUCAAUGGCCUGAAGUUGAAGGGAGAAACAUUUUAAUUUGUAAAAUGUUGCUCAUGCUUGGUCAGGAAUGUGUUAGACUUUUGAUCUCUUGCCUUUAUAUUGAUACAGCAUGAAACCAUCCUUGCCAAUGGAAUAGAUCAUGCUAUUGACUACAGGACAGUGGAUUAUGUCCAAGAGGUGAAGAAGUAAGUAAACUGAAAAAUAAUCAAUUAAACAAAUGUGAUUUUUAGAGAUUUCAUUCAGUAUUCUGUCAAAUUUUGUUAUGCAGCACCUACAAAAAAUCAGCCUCUUUAAGCUGUGUAUGUUUCAUCUGAAAUGUCCUGUUUAGCUGUAAGUGAAAGCAUAAUUUGGCUGAUGAUAUCUACUUCAAGGGUUUAAUUGGCUCUUACAGCCUUGUGCAAAACUGAAACAUAGUGUCUAUCAUGGGUUCUGAAGCAUGAAGUAAGGGUAUGACCAGGAGUGUUCUUUCACCUUUUGGACGGAAGACUUUUCUGGUUUAGGUUACCCUUGUGAGUUAAUCAGGUUUCUCUGAAGGAUAGCUAGUACACAUUUAUGUUUCUGGAUGUAAAAAGGCACUGUGUGUUGUAUUGUCUUAAUAAGUGUUGAAUGAGGCACAUUGAAUGUUUUUUGACAAGGUGUUGACCAUAAAAUAAUGAUGUUGUCACAAGCAAACUUCCUUGUUUACAAUGGUGACCAAGUCUCAAGAGCCUUGGGUCGUCAACUGUUAGGCCUGUUCCAAACGUCGUGCUACUGCCGUGCCGAACUCAAAUGAAUUUGGCUCGGCAGUGGCACAACGAUAGCACGGCAGCGGUUUCAAACGUCGAACCUAAUGCAGUCGCGCCAAAUUCAAAAGACAAAACAAACCAUCCAUCCAGCGGUAUCGCCCCAUCCAAAUUUGUUUAAGAAAAUUUUAAAUGCCAGAAGGCAACGCAGGCGAAUGCAACAGUCCAUAUUGAAUACUGUUAUUGCAAGGAGAGGAUUACUUUUGAAAGUUUUUUCAUUUAUUCUUCUUCUGGUUUCCCUUGACGAGAGCCAGCAAGUUACUGUAUUACGAUCGUGCGGCGUUUCCAAACCCUAACCCUAACCCUAAGCAAUUUAUUGUCACCGCCGGAUUCCUCUUCUCUCAAGCUUUCGGGCAAAACGGGUAGAUUUGUCUUUUUUUUAUUAGUGCGCAUGCGUAAUAGUAUGCAAAUAAUGCAAAAUCCGUUAAAUUAAUUUAUGAAUUGAGUUCGGCGCGACAGUAGCACAACGUUUGAAACCAAGUCGUGCUACUGCCGUGCGGCACGGCAAGGCCUGCCGCGCUAAGUAGUCGUGCCGAACCUAAUUCAGCCGUGCCGCGCUUAAUGGUUUCAAAUGGCGUGCUACUGCCGUGCUUAAAUCGAAAUUACUAUUUCAUUUGAGUUCGGCACGGCAGUAGCACGACGUUUGGAACAGGCCUUAAUUGUGAAAGCCUAUACUGGAAAUGCUGCUAGCAUUUUUAGCACAAAAACAUGGUCACCAAAUUCUGUUGUGCUUCUCUCAACUGAAAACCAUCGUAACAUCUGAGAGGAUUCGCCUCCAAGAAACAAACUUAUUUCUUCCCUCAACAUUAUUUCCUUUGCUGUUACUGAUAUUUCAGCGAGGAGAAGAAGAGGGAAAAGUUUCUAAGGAAAAAUAAUUUUGUGGUGUUAUAGGUUUCCUGGUUGGCUAACAUCAAGGAGAUUUGAUUGAAACUAAAACAUUUGGGAAUUUCAAAUGUAGAUCCAAAUCUAAAUGAAUCCUUUGCUGAACUCAGCACUCAUACAAAACUGUUUAUUCAUCAUUUAAGGAUUUGUCCAGAGGGAGUGGAUAUUGUUCUUGAUCCCCUCGGUGGUGCUGAUACAAAGAAAGGAUAUAAUCUUCUAAGGCCUAUGGGUAUAAUCAUUUGCUUUGGUAGGUUGCACCUGUGUCAAGACAUUUAAAAGAAAGUUUGACAUGUGUUAAUUGCAGUAAGCAUAGCACUAAUGCCACAGGAUAAAUAAACAAAAGUCUUCAUUUGGCCCAAAAAUAUAUUUGGAUAUUUACAUGUGGCCAUCAUAUGUUCCGAGAUGCAAUCAGUUUUCUUAGAGGAAAAGUCAAGGACAACUGUGAGCUAUGAGGAACAGAUUACACCUGAGGUAUAUUCUCAGAUAUUCCCCUUUUUUCACCAUCACAUGACCUGCGUGCAAGAAAAAAGUACGAUGGAUUAUUUUGUCAUCUAUGAGCCACAUCUACAUUCUCACAGUAGAAGUUUGUCUUGCUGUUUUAUAAUGUUAUGAUAAUAUCAGUUUUUCCAAAAUAAAAACUGGUGAAUAUUUCGCUUUAGUUUGAGCGAGAGACAUUUUCAAAUUUGUUUGAGAGUGCAAGGUCCAGCUGUCAGAUAUCUGUUUUACACUCCUGCAUGUUAUUCAAUUUGUCUUAGGAUGAGUGGUAGACUUAUCAUCCAAACUUCUUGCAGGAAAGAAAAUUGUACUUUUUGGAGCCCUUCCCUGGACCUAGGUGCAAUUGUGUUUCAAAUUGGAUUUCUAAUUUUUGGAAUUAUUUUGUGGGCAGGUUAUGCAAAUGCAGUUGCUGAAACAAAGAGUGUCUUUAGUGCAGCAAAAAAUGUAAGCUUACAGUAUUAAGUAUAAUGAUAUACACAGAUAAGCCUUUUUUUUUGGUUUGAAAUUGUGCUCAGCAUCUAUUAACUUUGAUAUAUACCUGGUAUAUACUUAGCUGGUACAUUUUUGGCCUUAUUCAGACAAAGAUCACAUGAAAUGCAACACAUAUACAAACAGCUUAUUAACACUUCUUUCCCAAGAUCUAAACAUUAAUCUCUCUAGUAUUCUCCAUAGGUUGCUUAUGAUUCGAGUUCUGAGAAUUUUAAGUUAAACUAAGCAGUAUCCCCUCAUUGAUAUUCAUUUAUUCCACUCUUUUCUUUCUACUUGAAAACAUAUGGAUACUGUUUGGAGAGUUUCCUUGUGGGUCACUCCUAGCUAGGAGGGAGAGGGUUAACUAAAUUCAGUCUCUAGUAAAUAAAUUGUCUCUCUUUUCCACUUAGGUGACAAUUAUUAGAAAUUACAUAAUCUAAUAAUGGAUUUUAUUACUGACACUCAUUGAUUCAGGAUCACUUUGCAAACUAGAUGGAGGGCUCCCCCCUUUGAUUUAUUAAGUUGUAUUAUAAUGCAUCUAUGGGUCAAUGUCAGCAUCUGAGCAACUACAUGCCUGCCCUUCCCCACCCCUAACCCAACAACAGUACUGAAAUUGAUAGUAAGUGAGGGUUAAAGUUUGAUCAAGGGAAGGGUGGGUGCAUGCACAGUUGCUCAGGUACUGAUAUUGAUUUUCCUUUAUUUUCAAGAAUUAUACUCAACUUGAUCAUGAUAAUUUCACUGAAAAUUGUCUUCUCUCUAAUGCAGUGGUUUCAGGGAGCAACUUUCAGUCCUUUACAACUGCUGAGAGACAGCAAGACUGCUUGUGGAUUUCACUUGAGACAUAUGCAGAGUCACCCAGAGCUACUGAAAUCAGGAAUGAAGCAUAUAUUUGAUUUGUACACUGAAGAGAAGAUAAAACCUCACAUAGAUGAGGUAUUUGCUUUUGAAGAGGUGUGUAGAUCACUGUAAAUUUUGUCAUGUCUUCAUGAGACGUGAGAUAAAAAUAAUAUUUAAAAAGUUGGGUGUAGAGGUUUUCUUAAGCAUGGGACAAACAUAAUUAUGAGUAUGUUUAUUAUUGAACAUAUGAAACAAAUCUUGUGUGAGUGCUUUUUUCCUCUUAGUAAUUUGGAGACUGGUGUGGUACAGUUUUAAAAGGAAAAGAUGGGCUUUAUACAGUCUACUCUUUAUCUGCUUUUUGUUCUGGUGAUCUUGCCAAAGUGCACAAUUAAAAUAAAAAUCAUUCUUCUUUCUUAUAUAGUCAGUUUUAAAGAUGAUUUGUUUGAUUUUGCUUUGUCCUGUGCUUCUUCCUGUUUCUCUGUCUGUCUGUUUUUGUUCAUCAAUCAGUUCAGGAUAGUGGAGUAAAGACAAAAUAUUUCAAAUGCCUAUGCAAAAUAGUCCAAGCACUCUUUUAUUUGAUUAAACUCUUUAACAUCCAUGGAUCUAAUUAAUAAUUCUCCCCUUCAGCUGCUUCACAUUUCUGUGUUAGUAAGUUAUAGGGAUUUGAUGUUUAAAACUUCUACUUGUUAAGUUUGAGUACUCUCAUAACCUGUUUGCUGGGUAAUGUAAGGAUGUUAUAGGGAGAAGUUUCAUGUUAAUCACUUUUGGGAAUUAAUGGGUUAAUAUAGUACUCAUUUUUAUUUUUUAUUCAUUUCAUCAACCAUGUGUAUUCAAAAUCCUAGUAACAAACAUUGCGAUGUGUGGCUUGAUUAAUUUUAUUUUUAAUUUUUUUUUCUCAAGGCUACUCUGAUUUGGAAUCAAUGCUUGGUAGAAAUUUGGAAAAUUUUUGAUCAUGCAAACAGGACCUAUAUAUUGCUUUGAUAAAUUCUAAUAGCGGAUCUUCAACAUUCCGUUAUUUAUUUUUCCUCAGGUUGGCAAGGCCAUGCAGCGAAUGCACCAGCGUAAGAAUGUUGGUAAAAUAAUAAUAUCACCCAUGAAGGAACCAACACCUGAGCCCACGCCACCGCUACCACCAGCUCAACCUACACCCCCAAAGGUAUGCUGCAAGCUUAAAAUAAACUCAAUGAAAUAAACAUUUGGAAUGUGGUGUGUUCCUAAGCAAGAUUCUUAAUAUUCACAGUACCUCUCUCCAUCCAGUAGUUAAACAGAUUAUCAGCAAUUUUUUAGGGAAGCUUGCCAAAAUUCUGGGGGUUCCCUUGUAUAGACAAGAAUACUGGUUUGGAGGAGUAGCAAUAUUGCUUGUUGAAUCACGUAUGCAUUGCAAGCUCCAGCAAUAUGGAGUCAUAAGGCUGGUAGGAACUUAUAUUACAGUUCAAUUGUAGCCAUUGACAUCCAACCUGAUUUGAAUUUUGCAGGAGGAGGAUGUUAAAUUAGAGGAUAAAGAAGGAGAAAAAAAAACAGAAGAUAAGGAAGGAGAAGAAAAAACAGAAGGAGAGAAAGAGAAAGAGGAACCCAAUGCUGAAGAAGAAAAAAAAGAAGAGGCUUCUGCUUAG